AUGGACCCAAUCGGUAUUGCCCUCAUUGGAGGCGGCAUCUUUGCGAAGAUGGAGCACAUGCCUGGAAUCAUGAAAUGCCCAUCUUUAAGUCUCAAGGCUAUCUAUUCGCGGUCGUUGAAGUCAGCCAAGAACACAGCGACUCUGAAUACUAAAGGCGAAGUUGACCUGUACUCUUCCGAUUCUGGCGAGGGAAAAUCAUACGAAGAUCUUCUCUUGCGAAAAGACAUAUCCGCAGUCAUCAUUGCACUUCCUAUUUCCGCCCAACCCGAGUUCAUCGAUCAAUCCCUCAAAGCGGGGAAGCAUGUACUGGCCGAGAAGCCAAUUGCACCAGACGUGGCCGCAGCUAAGAAGCUCGUUGAUACUGCGUCCAAGAAUGGAGUGACCUUUUCUCUUGCUGAGAACUACAGAUUUAUACCAAAAUAUAUCUACGCCGCGGAACAGGCAAAGAAGCUGGGCAACGUGGACCAUUUCAAUGUCAAAUUCAUGUGCUUGUUGCCGCCGGACAACCUUUGGUACUCAACACCGUGGCGGGGACAGGCACAGUAUCAGGGCGGGCCUUUACUCGAUGGAGGUGUUCAUUAUGCUGCUGCCACUAGGUUGUUCCUUCAUGGUGAUUCAAGCGCAGCGUCUGUUUCCGCCCUGACGAGCUUGACACAAAAACAUCUUCCUCCGGCGGACACCGUCAACGCUCUUGUCAAGACAAAGUCGGGUACAAGUGGAACUGUUCAAUUCUCUUUCGGUUCUCAAAUCGACGCUUCCGAGUGGGACUUUGGCCUCGAGAGAGGCACCGUCAAGGUGUCUGGGAACACGGUUAUUGUUAAACCGGCUAGUGGCGAAGCAGUUGUCAAAGAAUUUCCCGAAACUAGCGGCGUUAGUGAAGAAAUCGCAUCCUGGGCGGAAGGCUUGGUUUCUGGAAAGCAGAACCCGUUGCAGUCUGCCGAAGAGGGGAUGGCGGAUGUGGAGUUUGUGGAAAUCAUGUUGAGGAGCGCCGAGAAAGAUGGUGCGCCAAUGAAGUAUAGUUUGCAGUAG